CUCAGACUGAGUUACUGUAACCUCUCAGAGAGAAGCUGUGAAGCUCUGUCCUCAGUUCUCAGCUCCCAGUCCUCCAGUCUCAGAGAACUGGACCUGAGUAACAACAACCUGCAGGAUUCAGGAGUGAAGCUUCUCUCUGCUGGACUGAAGAGUCCAAACUGCAACCUGGAAACUCUCAGCUUAUCAGGCUGUUUGGUCUCAGAGGAAGGCUGUGCUUCUCUGGCCUCAGCUCUGACCUCCAACCCCUCCCAUCUGAAAGAGUUGGACCUGAGCUACAAUCAUCCAGGAGACUCAGGAGUGAAGCUGCUGUCGGCUGGACUGAAGGAUCCACACUGGAGACUGGAAGCUCUCAGGGUGGAGCCUGCUGGAGGCCCAUUCUUGACUCCAGGUCUGACUGCUGAGGUCAGAAUCCAGCUGUAA